AUGACAAACAGUUCGACCUGCACUGAAACAGACCUCAAGCCCUACUAUGCGGUUACAUACACUUUCAUCCUGAUCCCUGGACUAAUAGGAAACACAUUAGCUUUGUGGGUCUUUUAUGGGUACAUGAAAGAGACUAAAAGGGCUGUCAUAUUUAUGAUCAAUUUAGCCAUUGCUGACUUAUCACAGGUUUUGUCCUUGCCCCUGAGGAUUUUCUAUUACUUGACUGGGACAUGGGAAUUUGGAGGAGGUCUCUGCAUGUUUUGCUUCUAUCUGAAGUACGUCAACAUGUAUGCAAGCAUCUAUUUCUUGGUUUGCAUCAGUGUAAGACGAUAUCUGUUUCUUAUGCACCCAUUCAAAUUCAGUGACUGCAAACGCAUCUGUGAUGUGUAUAUCAGCAUCAUUGGGUGGGUCGUGGUCUGUGUUGGCUGUUUGCCUUUCCCACUUCUCAGACUCCAGCAGGAUGCUAAAAACACGUGUUUUGUGGAUCUCCCUGUAAAGGAAGUUGACCUUCCCAUCUCCAUUGUAAUGAUGACGAUAGGAGAAUUGGUGGGGUUUGUAACACCCCUACUCAUCAUCCUAUACUGCUCAUGGAAGACUGUCUUAUCACUAAAAGAAAGGAAUUCUGCUUCACAUGACCUCGGAGAGAAGAAAAAGGCUUUAAAAAUGAUCCUUACCUGUGCACUGGUAUUUCUGAUCUGCUUUGCACCUUAUCAUAUCAGCUUUCCAUUAGAUUUCUUUGUCAAAACCAAAAGGAUUGAAAACGGAUGCGUGCAGAAGGUGAUCUCGGUGUUUCACGCUGUAGCUUUGUGCCUUGCCAGCUUGAACUCCUGUGUGGACCCAGUCAUCUACUACUUUACUACAGAUGAGUUCAGGAGACGCCUUUCCAGGCAGGAUCUGCAAGACAGCAUUCAGCUCCACAACCUCAGUUACGCAAGGAAGCACUCGAGAGAUGUGCUCAGGAAGGACACCAUGGACUACUAG